AUGAAUACUUCUCAUACACUACACGAUUUUGUGGAUUCAAUCAUCUGCACCAGUUCACCUUCUAUAUUCAAGACGGAACCAGAAGCAGUGUUGUGCAUUUGCAGAUUCGUAUUCACCGAUUACCUGUCUUGGAAUGAUUUGCUUCGGAUUCAACACGACAGCACUGUAGACGUUAUUUGUCCAGUGUUGUUAACAAUAUUACAAACGCUGGGCUCUGCUAAUAUGAGUGCCGGUAGCUGUGGACAACAAAAAAUCCGUUGUUUACUAGUAGAAGAGGAUGUGAUCGACCGACCCUAUCUAUCUCGUGUAGAAACAAUGUGGGGGAUGCACUAUUUCCUUGAAGAGUGGGAUCAAGAUCUCGCCAUCAUCAGAUGUCACCCCACAACGGAUGCGAUAACAAUAGUGGGGUUAUUCAAAUGA